GACCAGCAGGAUCCGGCAGAUCUCUUGCGGGCGGCACUGUCCGUGGGGGAAUACCAGUUGAAUCCUGAAGCCAUGAUCCUGGAGCUAAAAAAGAACCAACGUCAAGCACGAGUAGAAAGACGGGCGUUGCAUGAAGCACGAGAAGCAGCACUAAGGAGAAGCAAGCCGAAACAGAAGGGUUCCUAA